GUUUUUCAGUAAAAAGUUUUGUAAACUUAAGCAAUAGUAAAAUAAAAUUGUGAUAAUGUAAUAACAACUAUAUUUCCACUAUUUUCUUUAUUUUGUUUAUUGAGGUUAUGAGAGAGUUACUUUGACCAAGUGCUCCACUUUUAGAUUAUAGUUUUUUGCAGUUUAAUCGUGUGCAGUUUAUAUGUGAAAAAUGAGCACUCGAGAGUUGGCCCGAAAACUGGACGCUUUAGAAAUAAUUUAUUCCGACAGUAAGCCCAAAAGAAUCACACAACCCUUUGAUUACCUCCUCGUCCUUGACUUUGAAGCAACUUGCUGGAGCUCCACCGACUCUAAAAAACAUCCGGCUGAAAUUAUCGAAUUUCCUGUCGUCCUUUACGAUGUAAAAAAUGAUAAAAUCAUUGCCGAAUUUCAACAAUAUGUAAUGCCAGUUGAGAAUCCCAAAUUAAGCGAUUUUUGUACUGAACUCACAGGAAUCCAACAAAAGCAAGUAGACAACGGCGUCCCCCUUCAAACAUGUUUGAAUCAAUUCUCGCGUUGGAUUUCGGAAAAAAUGAGAUUAUACGACAUGGGUUUCCCAAACGAUGAUAAUCAACGAUCAAAAACGUGCGCUUUUGUCACUUGGUCUGACUGGGAUUUGGGUACAUGUCUUAGGAAAGAAUGCAACCGGAAAAAUAUUAGAAUUGAGAAAAUGUUUCGGAAAUGGAUUGAUAUUAGAGCACUGUUCAAGCGCUUUAUUAGACGCCCUUUUGUUGGACUUUCGGGCGCUUUGGCUGAACUAGGACUGACUUUUGAAGGAACUGAACAUUGUGGACUGCAUGAUGCCAGAAAUACGGCCAGACUUGUAGGGAAAAUGGUCGAUAAAGGGGUUGUACUCCAAUUAACUCGACGUUAAUUUUUUAAUUUCAUUUCUAUAUUACAACUUAAAAUAUAUUCUUGUUAUUCUA